AUGGCGGAAAUACUUCCUUCCGCAACCCAGCAGCCAAUAUGUCUAACAUCGGCCUGUGUGGCAAGUUGGAGCGACGAGGACGCUUUCAGAGAGCUUUACCAAAACUGGAAGGACGCUAUCAUGCAAGAUCAUAAUUUGCCACCACUUGGCUUUCCAGUGGCAACAACUGAGACAGACAAAGAGAUCCUCCUCAUUGUUCCCAAACCAAUUCCGACGGGGAGCACGAACCAAGCCAGCUAUGCAGGCUUCAUCUGCUUUAAAAAGGCGACAGGAGUGAUUGAACUGACGAACUUUGAUAGUCUUCUGGAUACCAGAUGCCUUGAAAUUGGUUACUCGGCUAAGUCAGGGGAUGUGCGCCUCAUUGGUCAUCACGGAGAAGGGUUGAAGCUGGCCGCGCUGGCUUUUUCUCGGAAACAAUACCAUGUUAAAGUAUGCGCAAACAGCUGCUAUUGGAAUUUUACAUUUCGCGGACGUGAAAGCCGAAAUUUCUACUGCACCAUUACUCCGGCAAGUCGGGAAAAGACCCACCGUCUAAAGGCCAAAUUUGCGAAGAAUGAAGAGGAAAACCUACCCAGGGAACUCAUCGCAAAUAUUUGGCGGGAUGUCUCUGUGGUGAUUAAAAGAGACAGUGCAGUGCAUCGACUGGAUGAAUAUGACUUUUGGAGAUGGAUGCAGGUCACAAUUGAUAUAAAACCUCCGCCCGGCUUGAUUCGCACUCUGGUAGGGGAUCUCAUCCUUGAUGAGGGGUACCGGGGGAAUAUAUACGUGAAGGGCAUACGCUAUGCUGAUUGUGGGAGUUAUGACGGAGAGUUCAGAAUCGGAUACAAUUUAGGAACCGGACUCAUUCAUCGUGAGCGAUGCAUUGGCAUGUGUCCAACGACACAGCGUUGUAUUACUGAGAUUUGGGCACGAGCUAUUGAAAAAGGGGCUGCGAAUGUGGUAGCACUCUACUCUCAAAUCUUGAUGGAAACUCCAGACGCGAUGGACGUCAGAAAUUUCGAAGAACUGGUCAAUAAAAGCACCGCAAGAAGUGUAUGGGUCCAUUUGCGAGAAGAUGCCAAGAUUCGUGGACUUUUCUAUCAUCCUCCUGAUGUUGGCGAGCCGGCAAUACAGAAUAUACAAAGACGACUGGAGCUACAACCUACUUCGAUGCCGACGUCCUUAUGGAGACUCCUAAGGCAAUUCAAGCUCAUCAGCACUACGGAUGAAGAAUUGGCGUCUCGACUGAAAAGCUCAGGCAAAAUUCAAAUUCCUGACACGCUAUUUUCUCGACAAUUCGAUCGUGCGUUAAGGGGUCUUCUCGCAGCAGAAGCGCAAACGCAGGAAAUCCAAAUCGUCUACGUGCAAGGAUGCAAGGGCGGAAUAACUCUUACCCUUGUUGAAGGUGCACUUUAUGUGCACCAGCAAUGGCUGGAUCCGCAGAGUUCCCAUGCAGAUAGUCCUUGUCCGUUAUUCAGUAAACAGGAUGCUGAAAGCUGGUUUUUCUGUGACCAUGUUAUUGAGGAUGCAUACUUUGAGGUUCUGUCUUUGCUGCAAGAACACAUCUUUGUCGUCAGCACAGAGGUUCCCGUCCUUCGUCGUAGGGGGCUACAAAGACUUCAUGAUAUGCCCCGUGCUGUCCGUGCGAAGACAACCUCCGGCUCCGUUAUCGUCCAGUGGGAUGUUGGUCAUAGCCAUGCUUUUGCAGAGGCCUACGGUGCCUACAUCCAGUACAGAGUUACUCUUCAUGAUAUCCAAUGUUUAGUUCAGAGAGACUCUUUGCUAUACUCCAACUCAAGCUACUGCAGCUGCCCCACCAAAGACGUCGCACUUAAUGACAAGACCGUGGCUUUCUACCCUUGUGAGUCUUCUAUCACUUUUCCUGUCAUUUCACGCAAUUGCGAGGGUUCCAUUUGUGGAAUACCGCCAGCGCCUGUUCCAACGAACAGCAAAUCCGACUUGAAAGACAUGGUUGAAGUGCCGGUUAACAAUCGAUAUACCCCGCAUGGAUCCAUAGUGGAAAUUGCGAACAGUUCGACAGGGACAUCUGAUCUGGAUUGCUCAACGAUGAGUGACUCGGUUUUUCUGGAACAAACUAGCCUAGAUGUCACAGACAGUCUCUGGCCUGACCCUACCAUCCAGUCACAUGCGGAAUCGCGGGUAAUUGAACUCAAGAAAUGGAUGAUAGAAGAGACGCAAAGAGAAAGGCUCACGGAUUGGGAGACUUGUGGGUCCGUGCAUGGACUACAGGGGCUAUGGCCAUCUCACGCAAGUGUGUGCGAUGGACAGUCUGUACCCUUGCAAACUCCUCAGUCUGCAGGGACAAUAAAAACGCAGCAGUAUCUUGGGGUAACUCUUAGCCGCUCGGGUGGCCAACAAAGAUGUGUCUUGUUCGUUCACGAGAUAAUAUUUCAGCCUGGCGAAGACAAACUUGUGCACUCUCUGAGGGCAACAAGAUUUUCCUUUUUGUCGGAUUGCUGCACGACAUCCCCCGAUAUUGCCCUCCCUGGAGAGGUCGUUCUCCAUUUCCACGACCUUUCUAUCAUUGGUGAAAGUGCAGAUGCCGAUAUAAUCCUAUUUGAAGAACUUCUUUCGUGGGAUCCCUCAACGGUAGUGAAGUUCGUGGAUCAGCCUAGCUUCUCCGCAGUCUGUCACGUCUGCCGUUUUGCUAUCACAGGAGACGAAAUUUUGACCGCGUCCUGGAUACCGUUGCUACAAGCCCCGAGCCAUGAAGGGGCAAUCCCGCUUUCUCAUCCACCGCCAUGUUUCUCUGCCGUACCAAUGGUUCGCGAUAUGUGCCCAGAAAAAAUAACACAUAUUGGGGAACUGAUUAAAAUUGGACUCAAGAGAGUGUUUUCAAUUUAUAGUGAUAGUCAGGAGGGGAUUUUACCACGCGAGGCCGAACAGACCUUGAUUAUGCUUCAUGCCGAUGGCUGGGUGCCUGAUUGCUCACCGAAUGAGCUUGAUGAUGAUGAAAAUAACUCACUUGACAAAAUCUUGUCCCCUUUUAAUAUGGUCAGAGGAAUUCUCGAUUCUGCGCAGAGGCCGGAUUUUUUCGUCCUUGUCUUACCGCUAGCCAUUUUGCACCCCUUCGCAACGUACAAUCUGAUGAAAGAAAUUCUAUUUCUGCUACGUCAGGAGUAUUCAGUUCAUCUUAAGAUGAUGCCCUCUGCCCUUGAUGAGACAGAACGGAUCUUUGUCGGUAUUGUCGCGCCGCCUGGCACCGAUCCUCGGGCGCUUGAUCAAGCAAGCAAUGAAGUGGUUCAAUUGAGAGCCGGAUUGUGCACCUUACCCGAGGAACGCGCUUCCUGGGAACCAUCGUGUCUUGAUCCACGAUCCAUCGAGACUUUCGAUUGUGCUGAUACUCUAUCGGAACCAAUGAUAGCUGCUGGUCAAAAGCUCGGGGAAACCAUACUUGAUAUCGUGAAAGCGGGCAUGCAACAUCCUAAAAGGCGAAGUACCUCUAGUCCACCUGGGGAAUAUCCAAUGCCUCUCAAAAGGGCUAGACGUUUGGAGUGA